GCAGGGACAUCAGUCUUUUUCUUGGUAGCAAGCUGUAGCUUUUGUUUCAAAGACAGCGUUUUCAUCUUUAGCUUCAUGUAUUGAUGGAGAUUCCGAUGCAGAAAGGAUUUACACCAGCAGCCCCGGCUGUUGCCGAUAAGGAGGAUGCGGCUACACAGACAAACUUGGGGUUUGUCCACGCGUUCAUCGCCGCCAUAUCGGUCAUCAUCGUCUCUGAGCUGGGCGACAAGACCUUCUUCAUAGCAGCCAUCAUGGCCAUGCGCUACAACCGGCUGACGGUGUUGGCUGGCGCCAUGCUGGCCCUGGGCCUGAUGACAUGCUUGUCAGUUUUGUUCGGCUACGCCACCACAGUCAUCCCCAGGGUAUAUACGUACUACGUUUCAACGGCACUAUUCGCCAUUUUUGGCGUUAGGAUGCUCCGGGAGGGCUUAAAGAUGAGCCCAGAUGAAGGUCAAGAGGAACUGGAAGAAGUUCAAGCAGAAUUAAAGAAGAAAGAUGAAGAGUUUCAGCGAACCAAACUCUUAAAUGGCCCAGGAGAUGUGGAAGCGGGGACAAGCACAGCGAUACCGCAGAAGAAGUGGCUGCAUUUCAUCUCACCCAUCUUCGUCCAGGCUCUUACGUUAACGUUCUUAGCAGAAUGGGGAGACCGCUCUCAGCUCACGACGAUCGUCUUGGCAGCGAGAGAGGACCCAUAUGGAGUGGCCGUGGGUGGCACAGUGGGCCACUGUCUGUGCACGGGCUUGGCAGUGAUUGGAGGAAGAAUGAUAGCCCAGAAAAUCUCCGUCAGAACUGUGACGAUCAUAGGAGGCAUCGUAUUUUUGCUGUUUGCAUUUUCUGCACUAUUUAUAAGCCCUGAUUCUGGUUUUUAACAAGCUGUUUGUUCAUCUGUAUUUACCUUAUAGGCACCUCGUUCUGUAUAUAGUGUACAUUUUACAACCGAAAGUGAUGGGAAAUACUGUAUUUUGUAGCAUUGGUUUGUGAGUUUGACCCAGUUAAUGAAAGUAUGAUGUCCAAGAGAUAAUCACUGAUUCUAUUUAUAACAUGGAUUUUAAAAAGAAACCUGACUUCCGAGUGUGGCGGCUUCUUUUCUCCAGUGUAAUUAAGUUACUGCGGCCCCCUUGGUUUCAGCCUCUACAGAGCCAUUGUGAAGUGGGGGUCCACUCCCUGGUGUCCUCUCAGCACUGACCCUUCUAAUACAGAUUUUUCUCCUUGGUCACUGAGGUGUUUUAAGAUGCCCGUCCUGAAAUUUUUCUUGGGGAAGAAAAAAUUUCUAUUCUUUAAAACCAUUUCUCUGUGCUAUUAAAGUUACUUAUUCAAGUCUUUUCAAAAUUAGGUUCUUUGCUUAAAAAGACAAAUAUUCUAUCAGGAUCAUGAUAAAACAAGAAUUAUUUGCCAGAUCCAUUCUUCCUCCUUUUUUUUCUUUAUUAAAUUGGGUAGGAUACCCAAUAAAAAAACAGUCAAUAUUUGACAAUGUGGAAUUAACCAAAUUAAGAGAAUACUGUGAAUGUAUUCAUAUUUUUCUAUAUUGAAUAAACAGUGUAACAUAGAGACAGUGUAAAUAAAGUGGUACGAUCAGUG